AUGAGCGGUCUCGAACCUGAAGGUCUUCUGCCAUUACUGCAGCAGUUAUUGCUGUCUCAGAAACAGCAAAGUGAUGUGGAAGGCGUACUCUCUAUGAUCAAAGCAACGGUGGAUGCGGAAUGUUUUUCGUCAUCUCUUCCUGACAAGGAAUGGGCAACCGGUGUAGCUACCAUUUUUGCAGCUCUGCGAGUAGGAAUGAGAUCGUCGAUUGCAACGGGAAAAUGGGUACGCGAUCGUAAAGGUUAUGCCAUGACAGUUCACUCGUGCUGUAAAGAUCUUGGACAAGGAAAGCGUGCCUCAUUUUUAACACGUGUGAUGACGUUCGAAGCUGUUUCUUCUCUCCUGACCUGCAUAGUUUCUGACAUGGUAGCGGAUUCUGUUUCUCUAUAUGUUUUGCUGCAAGCCACGAAUGAUUUGUGCUGUAUUGUGUUUUGCAGUGAAGAAAUGAAAAGUGAGUUUGCAUCAAUAAAAAACGUCGGUUUGUUUGGAAAAAUCGUAUCUGUGUGCUUGGAGAUAGCGAAGAACCAUGAAAAUGACCUCAAAUGCAGGCUUAUGGCUCUUACGUCAUUGAAGACCGUGGUUGACUGCUCGAAAGAAAAAUGUGACUCCUUGUGUGUUGUUUUACCGGGUCUUGCAUCCACGUUGGCUAAUAUUGCGUGCAAAUCUUCUAAUGAACACUACCGGAUUAUAGUAUCAUCUCUUAAGGUAUCUGAUUACAAUAAUGAUCUUCCAGUAUUUUUUAGAAAGCACAUUCUUUUGAUACCUUUCAGAAUAACAUACAUUUCAUAUAGAAAUAUUUAUUUUAAAGAUAUUGUCUCGUGCCAUCUGCUUCUCCGUAGCUGA